AUGAUUCUCCCUCGUCGCGAAUGUGAUUAUUACGACCGGUACUGCCGGAGCAGCGCCUGGUGGGACUGGGGUCGUUGGGUCGCUUUCGCUGUGAUCGUUGGUUGUGCUUUCAUCAUUUUCUUCAUAUUCGCAUGCUAUAACGCUCGUCGACGUCGCAACCGCGGUCUUCGACCUCAUCCCGGUACUGCCUGGCUUGCCGGGCCUCCUCCGUCGUACCAGCAGCAUCAGCAGCAUCCGCAAACCUACGCCGAUCCCUACUACCAGCAUCCGCCGCCACCGCAAUAUACGCCUCAACCACAAGCGUACGGGUAUUUCGGGGGGCAACAAACAGGCAUCGAACUACAGUCGCCACCCAAUGCCUACCAAGGUGGUCCGGCAUACGCGCCUCCGCCCGGUCCUCCUCCAACUUCGAAGGCGUAA